AUGUUGCUAGCCAUUGCGGCUCACUCACAAAUAGCCGGCUGGCGCUGGGAUAGCACACUGUCCGCCUACCAGCCGUUGAAGGCCGAAGUAUCUUUGCACCUCCUGCUUGUGGCUCAGGUGCCAACGGUCGGCGGCAAGUACAAACAAACGACAAGCAGCGAAAUCCUCGCCAACUCGGGAUACUGCUACGUCCACCAUCUCAGGACCAUUGAUGGGGACGAAGAGCGAUACCGGACAAAGCCUGAAAUCGAGAGCGGCAUCAGCCACCCAGACGCUCGCAAGGCCGCCCAAUGGGCCCACGCGAAGCUCAUCCCACAGUUGCAGCUCGACCAACUGCUGGAGCACGAAGGCCCUGAACCGGCACUACGCUGGGGAAAGACGCCAGACGGAGUCCUACGCAGCUUCCAUCUCGAGCUCAUCCAGGACGACAAGAAAGAGCUUUUCGGGCAACCGCACCACGUUCACGAGGAUGGCACCAUCGACCAAAUGCCUGAACAGGCCAAAGUCGUAGACCCACUCGAAAUCCAAGAAGCCGUAGUCAUCAAACGAAACAAACAACACCGGCUCAUCGGCUUGUUGACCGAACUCGACAUCAGCCCAACACGCAUCAUCCUGAAGGGCCGAAAAGGAGCCAACCACACGCCCAUGCUCGUGUCGGCGCCAGGACUGCGGAUCAAGAAGCUCCAUAAGCUGCUCACCAAAGCGAGGCCCGAGCCCAAGCAGCUCGCUAGCUGGAGAAGGCUCCCGGAGCAAUGGGUCUACAUUGCCAAACUGUCUUGCUCCCCGCUGGUGGAGCGCAAAUAA